AUGGCCCGUUCCAAGCUCUCCUUCCUCCUCCUCCUCCUCCUCCAGGCCGCGGGGCUCAGCCUGGCCCAGCUCCGAGGGCCACCAGGAGAGCCCGGCCCGCGCGGGCCCCCCGGUCCGCCUGGAGUGCCCGGAGCUGAUGGCAUUGACGGUGACAAAGGCUCGCCCGGAGCCGCCGGGCCCCCGGGUGCCAAGGGGGAUCCCGGAGCGCCCGGUCCGGACGGGCCCGCGGGGAAGCCGGGCAUCGACGGCCUGACGGGAGCAAAAGGGGAACCGGGGCCCAUUGGCGGGCCGGGAGUUAAAGGCCAGCCUGGACUCCCAGGGCCGCCGGGGCUCCCCGGCCCCUCGCUGCCAGGACCCCCCGGGCUUCCAGGCCAGGUCGGACUGCCGGGGGAGAUCGGAGCGCCGGGACCCAAGGGUGACCCUGGACCCGACGGCCCACGGGGUCCCCCAGGGCCCCCCGGGAAACCUGGUCCUCCCGGACACAUCCAGGGGCUGGAAGGCAGCGCUGACUUCUUGUGUCCGACCAACUGCCCGCCGGGUCCCAAGGGUCCCCAAGGACUGCAGGGGCUGAAGGGACACAGGGGCCGUCCCGGUGCCCUCGGCGAGCCCGGCAGGCAGGGCCGGCAGGGCCCCAAGGGCGACGUCGGCGCCUCCGGAGAGCAAGGCAUCCCGGGCCCUCCGGGACCGCAGGGCCCGAGGGGCUACCCCGGCGUGGCGGGACCCAAGGGCGAGACGGGUCCCGCCGGCUACAAAGGGAUGGUCGGGAGCGUCGGAGCCGCAGGGCGGCCGGGCAGGGAAGGCCCCAAGGGACCUCCCGGGGAGCCGGGCGAGAAGGGAGAGCUGGGUGGCCGCGGCAUCCGGGGUCCCCAAGGAGACAUCGGUCCCAAAGGGGAGAACGGUCUCCCGGGCAUCGACGGCAAGGACGGCACGCCGGGAAUCCCGGGUGUGAAGGGCAGCGCGGGGCAGGCAGGACGCCCGGGGCCUCCGGGCCACCGGGGACAAGCCGGCUUGCCCGGCCAGCCGGGGAGCAAAGGUGGCCCCGGAGACAAGGGGGAACCUGGGCCUCGAGGGCAGCCAGGAGUCACCGGAGCCCCCGGGCAACUUGGUGAGCCAGGACCUCGGGGCGAGCGAGGACCGCAGGGCGUCCCCGGGCCGAAGGGCGACCGGGGCGAGCGGGGCCUCGUGGGCCCCCCCGGGGAGCAGGGCAGAGCGGGUGCUAAAGGGGAGCAGGGGCCUCCAGGAAUCCCGGGACCCCAAGGCUUGCCGGGAGUCAAAGGAGACAAGGGCUCCCCAGGGAAAACCGGUCCCAAGGGCAGCAUUGGAGACCCGGGCGUCCACGGCCUCUCGGGGGUGAAGGGCGAGAAGGGAGAAUCGGGAGAGCCAGGGCCAAAGGGACAGCAAGGCAUCCGCGGCGAGCUCGGCUUCCCCGGCCCCACGGGCGACGCGGGCGCCCCGGGCGCCAGGGGCUACCCGGGCCCGCCCGGCCCGCGAGGACUUGUCGGGGAGCGCGGCGUGCCCGGCAUGCCCGGCGAGCGCGGCGCAGCCGGCCGCGACGCGGGUGACCAGCACAUCGUGGACGUGGUGCUGAAGAUGCUGCAAGAGCAGCUGGCCGAGGUGGCGGUGAGCGCCAAGCGCGCGGCGCUGGGCGGCGCGGGGGCCAUGGGGCCGCCCGGGCCCCCCGGCCCCCCGGGACCUCCGGGCGAGCAGGGACCGCACGGACCCAUGGGGCCCCGCGGCGUCCCGGGCAUCCUGGGCGCCGCCGGGCAGAUCGGCAACACGGGACCUAAAGGGAAGCGUGGGGAGAAGGGCGAGCGUGGCGAAACCGGCCGGGGCCACCCAGGAAUGCCGGGCCCGCCGGGCAUCCCAGGCCUCCCCGGCAUCCCCGGGCACGCGCUGGACGGCAAGGCGGGCGAGCGGGGCCCGCCGGGCGCCCCCGGCGAGGCGGGACGGCCGGGAUCGCCGGGGCCCGCUGGCAUCCCCGGCUUCUGCGAGCCGGCCGCGUGCCUGGGCGCCUCGGCGUACGCGUCGGCGCGCCUCGCCGAGCCGGGCGCCCUCAAGGGACCCGCGUACUGA